CUAUGACGGCUACUUUACGUAAAAAAUGUCAACACUGCUAGAGAACGAUUGAAUUGCAUCAUAUUGAACAAAAACGAUUCGGCCGACCGAAGAACUGUUUUCGAUUGUCAACUGAAACUUGAUGUGUGUGUUUGGCGGCAAAACUGUAUCACGUUAAUAUUAAAGAAUAAAUUAGCUGAUUGUGCUAUAAUUGAAGCAAUUUCAUAUCAAAUCUGCGACUAAGAAUAUAUUCUCAAGAUGAAUGACAGCGGUUAUGGAAACAAUGGUGGUGGCUUUGAUCAGAGUAUGACCGGUGGAAGUGGGGUAACUGCUGAAUCGAAACCGGAGGGAAUCGUACCAAUGGUCAUCAAACAAAUCCAUGACUGCCCGGACGCUGGUUUACGUCUCUAUGACAUGGUUUUCGGAACCGUUCAGCUGGUUGCUAUUGUUCGUAAAAUUGAUUUUACGUCAACGAAAAUCACAUACAUUUUGGAAGAUCAUACGGGCAAAAUAGAGGCGCAUACCUGGUUGGAAGAGGGUGACACCAGUAAGACGCCCCAGAUUGUUGUAAACACAUACGCAACAGUCUUCGGAUCCGUACGAAAUCAAGGUGGCACCAAGACGUUAAUCGUCUUCCGCAUCGAAUCGGUCAAAAGUCCCAAUGAAGUGACAACACAUUUGCUGGAAGUGCUGAAUGCCCGAUACUCUGCCGAACAUUAUGCGCGAAAGAAAAAUACAGAAGUUGAUGGCCACUUCCAGAUGGAUACUACUCCCGCUCCGAGUGGACAGCAUCCACUGGGUUUGACAGGAAAACAGCUGGUGGUAUAUCAGGCGAUUCAGAGCGACAAAUCGGAACCGGGUAUAAGUUUUGAAGAAUUGGAACGGAGAUUCAAGCACAUUCCGGAGAGUGAAUUGCGAACGAUGGUCGAAUAUAUGACACAGGAAGGAAUGUGCUACACGAGCAUCGAUGCAAACCAUUUCAAGAGCAGUGAUGAUGCUGCAUAAAUUUGUCCCCUCAAAAUAUUUUCAUAAAUUAUAACCAUAAGCUCAGUUAAU